CAGAACACCGAGUGGACGUGUCGACGCCGGAGCUUAGUUAAAUAAAUUCUCGGUGCGUUGUGUUUGUUUGUGGUUAUUCUUGUUUUUAUUUUAUAAUAAUUUCUUUUUUAAUUGAGUAUUUUCUGAUUCCUCUUGUAUUUUAAUUUACAAAUUUCAAUUGUUUUCAAUUACAAUAAAAUUAUGACCAAGAAAGUCUAAAGCAAAACAUAGCAAAGCAAGAAAAGAAUUAAACAAAAACGAAAAACAUAGUGUGUGUGUGUUAAACGCCGCGCCCAUAUAAUUAAUUACUUUUUGUAUCGCGAGUUUCACCACCCUGUGCUGAAUGAAGAAAUACAAUUGAUAGUUUAUUUUAUUAAUUUAGUUCUUAAGCAUAAACUAUCUUAUUUAUUUGAUUAAUAUUAAUUUUUGCCAUAUUCCCACCCUUCCCAGAAAAAUAAAAAACAAACGACUGUAUGAUUAUUCAGAUUCAGGAAUAAAACGAACGAAACGCAAACGAGCAACGAGGAGUUUGAGAGUUUUCUGUAUAAUUAAUUCGGAAUUGUCUUGCAUCUCACUUUAACUCGUGGUUUCUUGUGUAUUCCUGCUCUCUAUUAUCUUCAGCGCCAGCCAGGUCUCAAACUCAAACCAGACCAAGAUUGAGCUGAGGAGACCACUGUGUGUCGCUGUAAAGCGUAGUCUGUACAAAAACUUCAUACUCCAAAUACGAGUUUUUCGUGCAACAUAAAAAUUAUUUCAAAAAAAUACGUAUACAAGUACAAGUAAUGUGAAACGUGUAAACGUGUUCUUUUUUGGAAAAGCUCCUGCAAGUUUGUGCAGACUGACUGUCAACGAACGCAUUCCUUUACACUCAUUGAAGUUGAAGGCGGAAGGGAGUAAGGAUUCUAUAUUUUGUGGAACAAGGAUACCAAAACGAGAGAAAAAGGAUUUUGACUGCACUAGGAUAUAAGAUAUAUAUUUUUAAACGCAUCAUCCCUAGAUGCUUUAAAAAAAGGGGGGAUAGUUUUUUUUUCUAUAUAAAAUCCUCCUUUUGAACGAAGACGACAAGUGAAGAAAUUCACUCCUGGCUGAAUAUAUAAUAGGACUGACGCAAGGAGGAGCAGAGCACAUUACAUUAAAAUGGGGCGGCGGUCUUGUACGUUUGCCGUCCUUAUGGUCGCGCUGUUAAGCAUAGCACAAGCAAUGACAAAUUCACCCCCACGUAUUAUUAAGCAACCUCCCACAGAUGAACUUCUUUUCAAAGUUGCCCAACAAUCAAAAGAAAGUGACAAACCAUUUAUUAUUGAAUGUGAAGCCGAAGGACAACCUGACCCUACAUACCGAUGGAUUAAAAACGGCAAACAAUUCGAAUGGCAAAGUUAUGACGAUCGAAUGCUACAACAGCCAGGUCGUGGUACAAUCGUUAUCACUGCACCGAAAGAUGAAGAUAUGGGACAGUAUCAGUGUUUUGCUGAGAACGAAUUCGGAACAGCCACCUCGAACUCGGUAUUUGUACGAAAAGCCGAUUUAAAUGCUUUCAAAGAUGAGCCCGUUAAGACAACAGUAGCAAACGAAGGUGAACCCUUCUCAUUGCAGUGUCAACCUCCAGAUGGUUGGCCAAAGCCCACAGUCAAUUGGUUAAUACAACAGUCUGAUGGUUCGAUUAAAAGUAUCAACAACUCGCGCAUGACCCUGGAUCCCGAGGGUACUCUAUGGUUUUCGAAUGUGACGCGUGAAGAUGCUUCCGAUGAUUUCUUCUAUGCCUGUUCGGCGACAUCGGUAUUCCGAAGCGAAUACAAGGUCGGCAACCGGGUGUUGUUGGACGUAAAGCAGACCGGAAUUAGUUCAUCGCAAAACAAACACGAACCUGUGAGGCAGUAUGUUUCUCGAAAGGAUGAGAUAGCAACGCGUGGGAAAAAGCUCGAAAUGUAUUGUAUAUUUGGCGGGACGCCCCUCCCGCAAACGGUGUGGAAGAAAAACGGUGCGCCUAUAUUCUGGAGCGAUCGAAUAUCGCAGGGUCAUUACGGCAAGUCACUGGUAAUAAGGCAUGUAGCAUUUGAAGAUGCUGGUUCAUACACCUGCGACGUAUCAAACGGAGUUGGAAACGCUCAAUCUUAUUCGAUUAACUUGAAGGUCUUGGCUACUCCAUACUUUACAGUGGAACCAGAGAUCCAGAAUGCGGCCGAAGAGGAAACAGUUGAGUUUAGGUGUGAAGCGGCAGGUAAUCCAGAGCCAAGCAUAUUUUGGAUUCACAAUGGUAAACCGAUCUCACAGGCUCCACCAAAUCCCCGUAGAACCGUUGAAAAUAACAGAAUUGUAAUCCGUGAUCUUGUGAAGGGUGAUACCGGAAACUACGGUUGUAACGCAACCAACUCAUGGGGAUAUGUGUACAAAGAUGUCUACGUCAACGUUCUUGCUUUGCCCCCAGAGAUCAAUGAAGCACCACGAAAGGAAGCGACUGUUGAUGGAAAGAACGUUACGAUGAGAUGUCGGGUAUUUGGUGCCCCUAAACCCAAGGUCAAGUGGAUGCGCAAUGGACUAGAAUUGACUGGAGGUCGGUACGUAAUUCAGCCUUCUGGUGAUCUGCAUAUAUCUCAGAUUAGUUUCGGUGAUGCCGGUCCAUACACAUGUCAUGCAGCUAACAAGUUUGGAAGCAAAUCAGCAAAUGGAAGUUUGAUUGUGAAGGAACACACCCGAAUCACUCAAGAACCACAGAACUAUGAAGUCGCAGCAGGACAAUCAGCCACUUUCCGGUGUAAUGAGGCUCACGACGACACGCUUACUCUAGAAAUCGAAUGGUGGAAAGAUGGCCAGCCCAUUGAUUUCGAGAACCAAGUUCGAUUUGUAAAAACCUCUGACAACUCUUUGACCAUCUCCAAGACUAUGGAACUUGACUCCGGUGAAUACACCUGUGUGGCGCGAACCGAACUUGAUGAGGCCAGUGCUAGAGCAAACUUAAUCGUUCAAGAUGUUCCUAAUCCUCCUAUUCUUGUGGGAAUUGUGUGUAAGGCCAGAGAAGCUGAAAUAAACUGGCAACCACAGGGAGACAAUCGUUCGCCAAUUCUACACUACACCAUCCAAUACAAUACGUCCUUCACUCCACAGACAUGGGAUGCAGCUUUCGAGAAGGUCCCUUCAACCGACUUCAGCUACUCAAUUCCAAUGACACCAUGGGCCAACUAUACCUUCCGAGUCAUCGCUUUCAAUAAAAUCGGACCUUCUACGCCAUCUGAACACAGUGAUUCUUGUACCACUCAACCAGAUGUCCCCUACAAAAAUCCCGACAAUGUUGAAGGCCAAGGAACCGAGCCAAAUAACUUGGUGAUCAGUUGGACACCAAUGCCUGAAAUCGAGCACAAUGCACCUAACUUCCAAUACCGAGUUUCUUGGAAGAGAGACAUUCCGGCUGCAAGCUGGGAAAACAAAGACAUUUUCGACUGGCGCGAAAAGAGUUUGGUGGUUAAUGACCAACCGACAUUUGUUAAAUAUCUUAUUAAGGUAGUUGCGAUCAAUCAAAAGGGUGAAUCCAAUGUUGCUGCUGUAGAAGUCACAGGAUAUUCGGGUGAAGAUAGACCAUUGGAAGCACCAACGAAUUUCUCAAUGAUUCAGGUCACUAGUAGUACAUCGGCUAUUCUAAGUUGGAAUCCAGUGAGUCCCGAAUCAAUUCGAGGUCACUUCAAGGGCUACAAGAUCCAAACGUGGACUGAUGAUGAGGGUGAGGAAUCACUGCAGGAAAUCCAUGUUAAGGGCGAUUCCAAUCAAGCGUUAGUUACGCAGUUUAAACCAGAUUCAAAGAACUUCGCUCGAGUUUUAGCAUACAAUUCCCGCUUCAAUGGUCCUCCGAGUGCAGUUAUUGAUUUUAAUACACCCGAAGGUGUUCCAUCGCCAAUAGAGAGUCUCGAAGCUUAUCCUCUCGGUUCGUCCGCUUUCUUGUUGUCAUGGAAGAAACCACUGAAUCCUAAUGGCAAAUUAACUGGCUACAGAAUUUACUAUGAAGACUUUAAGGGCAGCAACUAUAUGGGUGAACGACAAGAACGAGAUCCACAUAUUAAUGAUCCACGAAUUACGAGGGCGAAAUUAGCAGGGCUCAAGCCAAAUACCAAGUACAGGAUUUCUAUUGCUGCCACAACCAAGAUGGGAGAAGGAAAAGAAAAUUACAUUGAAAAGAGAACACUAGCUGGAGGUUUCCUGGAACCAGCUGUUCCAAACUUUAACUGGGAACAAUUGCCAUCAGACAAUGGAUACGCUAAAUUCAAAAUUAACUGGCAACCAUCAGUAGAUGGUGGUCAUCCAGGAUCACAUUUCUUCACGAAAUACAGGAUUAAGGGAGAAAAUGAAUGGCUUCAAACUAAAGAGGAACUCAAGAACGACUACCAAACAGUUAGUGGUCUAGAUCCAGACACAGUAUACGAAUUCCGAGUAGUUUCUGUCGAUGGCCAUUUCAUGAAAGAAAGUGAAUCCAAACAAAUCGACACAAAUGGCAUCGAUGGACCAAUUGUGGUGCCUAACCAGAAUGUUGCCAAUACUGGUUGGUUUAUCGGAAUGAUGCUGGCAUUGGCCAUUAUCAUUCUGCUAUUCAUAAUCAUUUGCAUCAUUCGAAGAAAUCGUGGUGGAAAGUACGAUGUCCAUGACCGGGAAUUGGCCAAUGGACGUCGUGAUUAUCCCGAUGAAGGCGGUUUCCAUGAAUAUUCCCAACCCUUGGAUAACAAGAGUGCGGGUCGACAAUCAGUGAGUUCGGCGAAUAAGCCAGGUGUCGAAAGUGACACGGAUUCAAUGGCUGAGUAUGGUGAUGGGGAUACAGGACAAUUUACCGAAGACGGCUCGUUUAUAGGUCAGUACGUUCCAGGAAAACUUCAACCACCAGUGAGUCCUCAACCUACCCCUCAUCAGCAAGCGCCAUCCACACAAGGUUCCAAUGCUGUAGCUACUUAUGUUUAAGUGUUCAACUUUUACCCUCCCCACACACACACACAAACUCUCUCUUUCUUACCCACAAUAAUAGAACAGAAAUAUUUAAGAAAACAAAAAUAUAAUAUUAAUAUAAAUAAUAUAAUAAUAAGCAUAACUAUAAAAAAGCCUUUUUCGUGUAAGUUCUAUAUAAUUUUCACACUUUCUAAUAUCUAUAUACAAGAAUCUCAUUUUGUUUUUUUCUAUUUUUCUCUUAUAAAUAUGUAUUUUCGUUUUUUUUUUACAAAUCGAAUAUAUUUAUUAUUUAAAUUGUAUCAGCUUAAGUUAAAAAUUCAUAUAAACAAAAAAUAGAGCCUUCGAUUGUUUUGCCUAUAAAUAAUGGCUUGCAGCUAUAAAACUAAUUAAUUUUAUAUUAUAUAGAAAAAUGUAUGAAAUACAUUUAAAAAAUAAAAUAUUUACCCAAACAAACAAAUAAAGGGUACAUAUUUAUUUAUAUUAAAUCUUCUUUUCAAAAUAUUUUUUUUUUCUUUUGUUUUUGGCUGAGGAAUAAACUUCAAUUUAAAGCACACAAAUAAAUAACAAACAAAAAAAAUAAUAUUCAUAAAAUAAAACAAUGAAAAUAACAAAUAAAUGUGUUCAAAGAGCAUAAAACCAAUGUUGUAUUUUUUUCCUUCUCCUAUACUCAUUUAACUAUAAAUAAUUCUGUUUAGAUUUUAAUAAAUAAACAAAUUAAUACAAAAUGGCAACAAAACAAAUUUAAUAAAACGAGUUGUUAUACUACUUAAGAUUUAAGUUAAUUUAGUUAUUUUUUUAACUUGAAUUAUUUAGCUGUGUAAAUUUUACAGAUCAAAUUUUUUUUAAACGUGAGUUUUAAAAUAAUACAUUAAAUAAUAAUAAACACACAAGAAAUAAACGUCCAUAAAAAGUAUUUUGUUAAAGUAAAUCCAAUUUUUGUAGUUUACAUUAUUAUUACUAUUAAUAUACAAUUUAAACAAAAGAAAAUUCAUGAAAUAUAAAUCAUAAUACACUUUUGUGAAUAGGCCUGUUUAAUAUGUUCUUUAUUUUUUCUUUGUCAUUAGGAUUUUAUUAUGUCGAUCAGUGUGUAAUAUUUUUAAUAUAUAAUUAUUUUUUUUUUAAAUGAAAUGUUAUAAGUUCAAUUCAAAAGAAAAUAAAAUCAAAUCACAUACUUUUAAUUUUAAUUUGUUUUAUUUUUUAUUGUUUAUAAUUUUCAGUUUUUUUGUCAUUAUUCUGUAAUAUAAAAAUUAUUUGGCGGCCAGGGAAUUUAUGGAUAUGGAGGAUGGAAAAGUGUACAAAUUGCAAGUGCAUAAAGUACAGGAACUAAGUAAUUUAGAAGCUGUAACAUUGUCUCGAUUGUUAACAUUAACGUUUGGUUAAAAUCAAUCUUACCAAAGGUGACAAUCAAACGUCUCCGUUUGCUUAAAAGCUUACCAAAGGUGAAGAUGAUUUAUUUUUUCUCCCAGACAGUUGAUAGGAAAUUAUGACAAUUUGUAAUACCUUUAAUGUCACCAAAAAGACUGGCUUGGAACUCAAUAAAAGGCCCUGUAACGUAAUGCAAGUACCCGUGGCAUGAUGGUUAGUGCGUUGGACUGUCAUGCAAGGAGUCUUGGGUUCAAUUCUGCCUGUGCCAUCUUACUUUUAAAAAAUAAAUUUUCGCGGGUACAGCCUCUUGCGAGGAAUUGACAAACCCUUCAAGAGUAUAUCUUGUCAUGAAAAAGUGCUUUCUCAAAUUAGCCGUUCGGAUUUGGCCUAAAAAUUGUAGGUCCCUACCAUUCCUGACAACAGUACUCGCACACAGGAAUGGUUGAGAGUUGUAAGUCACUAGGCCUUGGUUAACAACGGACUGUUGCGCCACCCAAUUUAUAUUUUUAACGUAAUGCACAAUUUGUGAUUACAUUUUUCAAAAGGGAUACAACAGAAAAGGAGGAAGGGUAUCAAGUGAUGUCAUUUCUUUUGUUUUGCGAUUCUCAAGAUGACUUAAUAAUAUUACAUUUAACUGUAAAUCAUAGAAAGGGCUAGCGGGCAAGGAAUGAGCCACAAGAACUAGCACUAGUUGGGGUUUCCUAACCGACAUAUAAUAAAAACGGCACCAUAGUCCAAGGUAAACAUUAAAUUGUGAGGACGAUGACUUUUAAUAUACAGAAUCAAAUAUCAUUUGUUAGAUAGGUACCAAAAAAGAAAUUAGGUAAUCAUUUCACUAUGGGACCAUUUCAAAAUAGUGCUGCAAAUGUUUCACAACGAAAAAGCAGUUUUAGCAGCAAUUAGGAACUGCAGUAAAGGCCAUUAAAAAAACCAAAAUACCCCAGACACUCUUAAAUAGGACAGGCGUAGGUUUUUCGUUUUUUUCUUCAUUUUUUUAUUCGAAUUUACAAUAUACAGCUUAUUUUUUAGGUUAAUAAAAUUAAAUUAUUUCUUCCCCAAAACCUCCUUGCAGCUUAAAUACAUAAAUAAUUAAUUUCUAUUAAAUAAUAAACAAAUUUCACAGCGAAUUGUAUGUGAUGCAUUCUUCUUCUAAAUAAAAAACCAUCAUGUUGAUUUAAAUAUCCUACAAAUAAAUUUGGUCAAAUUAGAAAAAAAAAAUAUUAAAUUGAAAAAUAAACAUGCUAUUUUUAUAUAUACAAAAAAUAACUUAAAAACAAACACACAAAAUAAUCCAAACAAACAUUUUGUAGUUAUAAGCCAAGUGUUGAAUUUUAAGGUAUAGAAGUUAAAAUUAAGCUUUGUGUAUUUAUAUGUAAUAAAAACAAAUAAAAUAUAUCGCUUGGUAAUCGCCACUCCCAAUGGACAUGAUGAGCGCCGCACCGCGCUGUGCAUGUAAAAAAUAUGUGUACAUAUUUAUUUAAAGUCCAAAUAUUUGCUUGAUCAAAAAAAUAUGUAACAAUUACUUAGAACUUAAAUAAAUAAAAGCUUUGUGUUCAUACAAAAAAUUAUUUGCUUACACUUACAUACAUUUUAAAACCAUUCUAUUUUUCACACGCAAUUACAGGGUCAUUUAGUAAAAUUUAUUUAAAAAUAAAUGCAAAAUCAAUUAAAAUAUAUUUAUAAAUUUUUUAAUUAUAAGUAAAGAAAGCUCUUCACUUAAUUAUUUAUACAAAAUAAUAUUGAAGUCACAUGUAAAAAAAAAAUAAAGUAAUUGUAAGUAUAUACGAGUAAUUUAUAUAUUGAUAAUGAAAAGUGCUUGAUUUAUUAGAGUAGCAAUGGAUAAUAAAGUGAAUUCAUAAAGGAUCUGAUUAUUUUGCUGAAGGGAUGUUAAAAAUAAUUUUAAACAAGUUUGAAAUUGAGAAGAAAAGAAAAAACAAUAUUUUGUGAAUAUACGCUUUAAGUGAAUCUGUCUAGGUACUCAUUUAACUAUUUACUAUUGUAUUGAUUAUUAUGAUUGUCGUUAUGAAAAAUAAUUGUUUAAAAAAAUGUAUUAUAUGUUUGCCUUUCUUAAUUAUAAAUUAAUUAAUUUUUAAUGUGAACUUGGAAAAAUGUAUCUAAGGUGUUGUUAAUAUUAUAGUUUCAAAAUGUAGGUAUAUUUUGUUUUUGGCUUUCAAAUAUUCAUACAUACAUAUAUAAAAAUUUGAAUAAUGCAGAUUUUAAAAAAAAACGAAAGUGAUUCAAGGAAUGAUCAGUUUUUGAAAGAAAAAGGUAUGCUAUGCUCAUGUUAAAAACAUACCUUAUAUUUGGAGCACCAAAAUGCUCUUAGCUGGAGAUAGACAUUAGGCAAGUUCCCAUUCAACCAUUUUUACAAUCUUUAAAUGAAUUAGAAUGGACUCUGGGUUGAAUAAUUUAACGGCUUUUUUCAAACAACACACGGUUAUUUGAACUAAAUAGCUUUUUUUAUAGCAAAGCAUAGAUGUAUCUCUUGAGGUAUGAAGUUCGAUUAAAAAGUUUGGUGAGUCAGUUUCUAAAAGUUUGGUUUUUCAUUCGCCUUCUAAUGUAUUUCAUAAAAGUCAGACUUAAUAAAUUGCUCAUAAAAAAAAUAUAAAAAUAAUCAAAACAAAAAAAAUAAUUUUGCCAAAUUGAUAGGAAUGCUAAAAUUUAGACAAAAUUCAAUUUCAACUGAGAAUUUAAAAAAAGAUUUAAAGAAAAAACAAACAUUCACUGCCGUAUUCCGCUCUAUUGGAACUAAGCAAAAUAUUUUAAAAAUUAAGAGAAGCACACUGUCAAAAAUGAAACUAUAAUUUGAACUAAAAAAUGAAGAGUUUUUGUCCGUCAGCAUUAAAAUAUGUUUUUUUUUUGUUAUAAAUACAUACCUAUAUAACAACUUCUUGUAAUGUGAGCCAAACAAAUUAUUAAUACAAAAUAAAUGUUUUGUUUUUGUAGUUUUUAUAAAAUUUAAAUUUAUGUAUGUUUUGACUUUUUCAUUCUAUACGAAAAAAAAAAAAACAUUUGUUUCUUGAAUAAAUUAAGAUACCUACAACAAUUGCAUUUUCAAAAUUAAAUAUGAAAUAUGAACAAACCAUAUUAUACUAUAUAUAUGUCUAUAAACAAAAAAAACACCUUCAGCUUAAAUUAUAAAUUAUACACAAUGUUUAUAUAUUGUACAAUAUCUUUUCAUUUUACAUUGUAGAAUAAUAAAUUCAAAUAAAAAAGAAAGAAAAGAAAAAUAAAUUAUGUUUCUUAAUAACAGAGAAUCUAAUAACAAAUUUUGAUGUUAAAAGAGGUCGUGAAAACAUACAUUAUGCAAACAAAAAUACAUAAUUGUGAAUGAUCAAAAUGAUGUAAUGAUGAAUGGAAUAAAUAAAAAUGGACACUUUUAAAAAAUUA